UAGUCUCAUCUUCCGCAAAGAGAACAGCUUUCAGGCGCUAGCUCGCUGAAAAUGGCACGGGGAAGCAGCAGCGGAAAGCUGGCUGAGCACGGCCUCCUCUUGGUUUUCCUGAUGCUGCUGCAGGGUGGCGUGGAGCAGGCGGCGGCGCGGCCGCGGGAGUGGUACGUCGGCGACCAGAAGGGCUGGACCUUCGGCGUCAUGGGGUGGCCCAACUCGCCUACCUUCAAACCCUUCAGGGAAGGCGACGUGCUGGUUUUCAAGUACGACCGCGCGGCGCAGAACGUGAUACAGGUGGACGACUUCGGGUUCGGCACCUGCACCAGGCACCCCGCCAACGCCACGGUGUACGACUCCGGCAACGACCGCAUCAGGCUCUCUCGCGGCCUCAUCAACUUCAUCAGCGGCGUCUCGGACAACUGCUACAAGGGCGGCGUCAAGAUCUCACUCACCGUCAGGCCGUGACCAACCAGGUCGAUCGACUGUGUCCAUGUCGUGCAUCGAUUCAUCGUCCUGGACCGCGUACGCUCCAUUUUGUCACGUUCUUCCUCAGGAAUAAAAAUAAUGGAAUGAUUUA